UUUCUUGACAUAUUUCGAAAAUAUGCCCAUUUGAAAGGCAUUUAACAAUGUAAAUUACGUAUACUGCCCGAAUCCAGAAUGGCAUUUGUGGUGAAGACCGCGAAAACGGUGAGAACGCACUGGAAAAAGUCCACGUUCGGGGCUGUAUGCUUUUAUUACGGCGCUUGCUACACGAAAAAUUACAUCGAGACUCAAAAUUUGAUGAGAGUGUACUGUGAGAAGGCUGCGCGAUACGGAAGAGAACCGAUACCUAUAAAUGUGAAUCCCAGGAGUAUAACGGUGGUUUUAAAUCCAAAUGCCAAUAAGAGGGGUGCUAGCGACGAUUUCAACAAAUAUUGCGCACCUUUGCUGCAUUUAGCAGGAAUUUUAGUUGAGGUUGUUAAAACCGAGUCUGAAGGUCAUGCGAGGGAGUUAAUGGAUGGUAUAAUUAACACAGACGCUAUAGUAGUGGCGGGUGGUGAUGGUACAUUAUCUGAGGUUGUAACGGGGUUAUUAAGAAGGACUCAGGAGAAUACUAAUGAGUUGGUGCCUAUUGGAGUGUUGCCAUUGGGUAAAACAAAUUCGGUGGCAAAAAGUUUAUUUCCUGUUGGGGCAAAGGCAGAAAAUAUUAGGUGUAUAGUGGACGCAACAAUAGCGGUUAUAGAGGAAGUUGUGAAACCUGUGGAUGUAAUGAAAAUAGAGGUUUUUGAGAAGGAAACGGGAAAUAUUGUUGGGAAACCUGUGUAUGCUUUGAAUAGCAUCAAAUGGGGUGCUUUUAGAGAUGCGGAAGUUAAAAAGGAGAAUUACUGGUAUUUUGGGAAAUUGCAGAAAUAUACUACAUAUUUGUUUAAUGGUUAUAAAAACAGUUUAUCAUGGAACUGUGCAGCUCAGGUUAACUACAGUAUCCCUUGCGAGGGUUGUUCGAAUUGCGUACAAAUUCAUGAAGAUAAAAAUAGCAAAAAGUGGUAUCAAAAGCUCAAAAAAGAAGUACAUCCAAAAGCGAAAUACCUCUCGAUAAAUAACCCGGCUUGCCAAGAGGUUCACGAAAAGCAAAUAGCAACCUCCGAUUUCUCGCUCCUAACCUCAAAUUCGAUUCCCUCCUCGAUAUCCCAAAAACCGGGCAUACCAAAGUUGGAAAUUAAAAUCGGGCCCGAAAAUCCCGAGUACAUAGACUUUGUGCGGCAGGGUUGGCUGUACGAAAAGGGGGAAACAAAAGAGGUCAAGGAGGUUAUAGAGGCUAAAACAAUCCAAAUUAACCCGGAGGUUGUGUCCAAGGAGGAGAAGGAAUAUUGGUUUUCAAUUGAUAACGAGAAUUACGAGGUUAAGCCUAUUAAAAUUACGCUGUUACCGAAAGUUAUCAACAUGUUUUGUACAAAAGAAGCUGUAUAAAUUUUAUUUAGUU